AGAGAAUAUUUGAAAAGAAUUUCUCACCUAAUUAACCAAUUUUUGGAUUUUUGUUUCGACCCUCAUUUGUUACGUAGUCUUGUAUUUUAUAAGUUCUCAGCGAUUGUUUUGCAACAAAUCCAUCACUCACCACCCACCACACAGUUAAAACCAAGUCACACCACACCCCCAUCCAAGUUUUAGUUCAGUUUUUAAGGAUCAAGGAUAGUACUUGACUUUUAGUUAGGGUUUGAGGAAGUUAUAGAGGUUUUUUGAGGGACAAUUUUGAAAAAUACACCUAACAUCUAACACCUAUCGACCAUGGAGAGUUUCUCGCCGGAUCUACUAUGGAUGGUCGUCAUCGGCUUCCUGAUCGCCUUCGUCCUUGCCUUCGGCAUCGGCGCCAACGAUGUGGCCAACUCCUUUGGCACUAGUGUUGGCUCGGGAGUCCUUACCAUUCGACAGGCCUGCGUCUUGGCCACCGUUUGCGAGAUAUCCGGCGCCGUUUUAAUUGGAUACAAAGUUUCGGACACCAUGCGCAAGGGCAUCCUGGAGGUGGGUCUGUACGAGGGCUCGGAGCAGGUCCUGAUGCUGGGCUGCGUGGCUGCCUUGGCCAGCAGUGCUGUAUGGCUUUUGGUUGCCACCUUCAUGAAGCUGCCCAUCUCGGGCACCCACAGCAUCGUUGGCUCCACCAUUGGAUUCUCUUUGGUGGCCCGGGGUGUUCAGGGACUGAAGUGGUCCACCCUGGGCACCAUCGUUGGCCCGUGGUUCAUCUCGCCGGUGCUGAGCGGUAUUGUGAGCAUCCUCCUCUUUCUGGCCAUCCGCCGGUUCAUCCUUCGCGCCCAAGAGCCACUCAAGGCCGGGUUCCGUUCGCUGCCCAUCUUCUAUGGCGCCACCUUCUUCAUCAACGUGAUCAGCGUAGUGCUGGACGGACCGAAGUUGCUCUACAUGGACAGCAUCCCCGCUUGGAUAGCGGUCAGCGCCAGCCUGGGCCUCUCGCUCCUGGUGGCGAUGCUCACUGCUGGUGGUGGUGCCCCUGCAACGUCGCAAAAUAGCCAAGCGCCUGCGUGCCGAGAAUCCAGUCAAGUUCAAGUUUGA